GUGAAAAAGAAAAUUAUCGAGUAAGAGAGGUUUCUGAGUGAGAUCUACACACGAUGAGGAUCCGUAAACUCAUCGCUCAGAAAAAAAUCUCUGAACCUAAUUCAAAUGUUCUUACACCUUCUCCUCCUUUAACUCCAACGAAAACGAUAAUCCCAUCUUCUGCUGCUGCUGCUGAUGUCUCAACCAGUUCUGAGGAGGAGGAGCGCGUGAAUAAUUUUCAGGAAAAAGAAGUUGUUGUCUGUGAACUGAAUAUGUCUUUAUGGGAUGUGAUUCCAGUUAAAGAGCUUCGCUAUUACCUCCCAAAGAAGGUUUAUAAGGCUAAGAAGAAAGGAAAAUACGACGAUAAGAGAAUUAGAGAUGAAUCAGUUAAUGCAGACGGUGAUCGAAUAAGUAUUUUGGGAGAUGAUAUUGAACCCGAAGAUGAUGACGAAGAAAAAACUGAAUUGGUAGAGAAACAAUAUGCGACGGCGUAUAAAAGGAAAUUAUGGUUGAAAUCAUUGACGAAGAAGAAUAACGAGAAGAGGAAAAGAGAUUGCAAUGACGAUAUUGACAAUAAUGAAAAGGAGAAGAAGAAGAAGAAGAAGAAAGUAGUGUAUUGUUGCAAAACUGUUGGGGAAGGAUGGCAUUGUCGAUCGAAAGCACAAAUAGGAAGUCGAUUAUGUAAACAUCAUUUGAUUCAAAUGCAACGUAAUUCAGAUCAUCAGAGAGAUAAUAAUAAUCAGGAAAAGAAGAUUCAAAAAUUGGAAAAGAAAACAGCAAGAAGAGGUAGACCACCAAAAGAAUCGAGCACUAAUACUAUUCGUGGAAAAAGGAUUAAGGGGAAAUUAUCGGGGAAAAAAUCAUCGGAAUUUUAUUAUUAUUCAGGGUUUGGUCCGCUAUGGGGAAAGAAUAAACGAGGUAGACCACUCAAAGAAGUUAAGAAACAACAAGUUUCAGAAGAGGAAGAUGCAGAAGAGGGAGACGCAAAAGUGGAUGAAUGUGUAAAAUUAGAAGAAAAGCAAGAAAUUGUCAAUGAAGCCGUAAUUGAUCAUCAUCGAACAAGUCCUAAAAUGAAUAUCGUCAAAGAGGAAAAUGUUGAUGGAAAUGAUGAUAAUGGUUGUAUGUUUGUGGAUGACGACUUUGAUGACUCUGAGGACUCCGAUGAAGAUUGUAAUGGUGUUGAUGUCAAGAAAAGAUAUCGAAAACCCAUCAAAGCUCGAUCACUUGCAUCGUUGUUUUCGAAUACUUAGUUUCUUUUAGUUUCUGGUGGUUGUUUUUUGAUUUUUUUUAUGGUUGCGUAUUGUGAUUUUUUUUUACGUUGAAAAACAAUGGAAAAAUAAUGUAUUUUGGAAUGAAUUCUCAAGGGCCACAAAGUUAAUCUGAUGUGAUCAACGGUUGUGAUU